AUGUUGGGAGCUCAGGCGCUGCGAACCAAACAGGUAGGCUAUUUAUGGUUGUUUAUGUUAAUAGGGGUAAUGUAGGAUGAAAUAUAACUGUUAGUAUCUCUAUAUGUUAGAUAUAAAGAAGCAAUGUAAAGAAGGGGUAUAUAAUAUGAUGGGGUAAUUUUUUUUGGCUUAUAUACAGUUAGGUAAAGAAGAGGAGGGAGAGGAGGCGUUGAUGGCGAUUUAAAAACUUUUUUCUAAAAUAACUGUGGCAUCAAAACACAUCAUAUGCCCAUCUUACACUUGUCAAAACAGCUUUACAGUGUUGUAUUUAUAGAAAGUGGAGCAAAAGGAACGCGAGAAACGGCACAAAGAACGACAACGGAAUCUGGAGGCACAGCGUGAGCGAAUUCAGAAGGCGGCAAGGUAAAAUUUUAAACCUUUUGUUAUGUUUCAGAUUGUAACAUAUCUUAUGGCUAGGGUUAAAGCUAAGGCUUUGGUUAGGGCUCUGGGAUAGGGCCUUGAACUAGGGGCUCUGGACUGAUGCUUUGGGCUGGAGAUUCUAAGAUGGGGGGCUCUGCCUUUGGCGCUGGGCUAGGGUUCUAGGCUGGGGCUCUGGGCUAGGGCUCUAGGCUGGGGCUCUGUGCUAGGGAUCUGGGAUAGGGCUCUGGGCUAGGGCUUUGUGCUAGGGCUGUGGGCUAGGGCUUUGGGCUGAGGCUCUGGCCUAGGGGUCCGGCUCUGGGCUAGCGCAAGAGCUAGACCUAGGCUUAAGGAUAAAUUUUAAGACUGCGUCUAACAUCAUCUGCUUUCAAAACCUAUUUUUAAUCAUCAGAUGCUCCAAUUACACUUUACUUUUUCAACUUUUGUUUUUGCCCUCUGGCCAUAAAUUUGGUCAAGAGCAGGCGUGUAUGUAAUUAACGCCUUUUGGACAUGAUCGAUCAACCUUUCCGACAUUCUCGCGGCCCUCCCGAGGGUUUAGCGCCUUCGAAACGAAUGGAAACACAUUUUACGGCGCCAAAAAUACAAACAAAAGUUCGAAAAAGCGUUUAAAGAGCUUAUAAAUUGUGGUGCCAUUUCGGGAUUUGCAGCUCCAGGCUGGGGAGAUUGCAAAACAUUGACUUUUGCUUAGGAUAACAUAGCAUAAUGUAAUAGAAGAUGUAAGAGUUGUGAUACAUUGAGCCUAUGAAUAAGUAAUAAGUACUGUGAAACGUUAAAAGCAUACAGUUAAAGCCUUUGAAAUUUACGAAAAAGUUUUAAAUUGAAAAAAAUUAUUUUAAAAAAAAUUUAUAUUUAAAUUUUUUUUUAUUUUAAAAAGAAAACUGAUAAAAAUGUUUCAGUGAAGACGCACAGCAACAAAUGCUCGAGUACAUGGCCCAACAACAGCGUCUACAGCUGAACGAAGAAGAGCAGAAUCGCAAGAUUCAGCAACGUUUGUCUUUGCACGCCAACGCUCUUUCAGAACAUUUGGUACCGAUGAAUGGUCGGGAGUCGAAGAUUGGAGUAGGUUUUAAAAUUUUUUUUAGGUCAGUUUUAGGUUAGGAUUAACAUUUUUUUAAUAUAAGGUAGGGUUGCAGUAAGGUUAUGGUUUGGAUUAAAGCUAUAGCAAAGGCUAGAGUUAAAGAUUAGGAUAAAGCUUAGGUUUAGGCUUAUACUUAGGAUAAGGGUCAGGCUUAACCUCACGAUCAGGUCCAUGCUAAGGCUCACCCUCAAGAUAAGGCUAUAGCUAAGGCUAAAGCUUAGGCUAAAACUAAGGCUAAGGCUAAGACUCAAGCCUUAGCUUCAGGCUAAAGCCAGAGCUAUCGUACAGCUGGAAGGGCUAAAAACCAAAAAUUAUUGACCAACAGUAAGGUCAAAAAGUUCCUGGUCUUAAAAAACAUUAUAAUAGCCAAUUAAUAGGUCAGCCGCUUCUUAUCAGAUUUAUUGUGCUAUAAAUUGCAUCUCAAAGAUUAGCCAGUUAUAUUCAUCUGUUUUUAAGUGUUUUAGGUAUAUCAUAAUGAAAUAGGGUCACAUUUAUUAGCUUAAAGUAGUUUGCAGUAGCUGAACCCAAUUAUGAAGAUGACUUGCACUUUUGAACCGAAAUUGCCAAUUUAAAUCAGUGUAUACAUUAUAUGCAGUAUUUGUAUUCAUAUAUUAUAAAAAAGCAUUUAAAUGAUCAAAACUUUCAGAACACACCACGUCGUUCACCAUCAACAGACUGUGCUACAACUUUAAAGGUGAAUGGUGAUUCAGGGUCAUCUGGAAACCGGCUAAUGCGUUGGUUGGGCUUCAAUAACAAGAAACCCAGAAGAAUGUCAACUUUUACGUAA